AUGUGCUACAAAAUUAUUCAGUACGCAGAGUACAGCUGCAGCCACCAAACGGUCACUAGACAGCAAGUGAUCGACUGUCGCAAGAGAGACUGUCGUUUCAGUCCAUCGCAUCAGACAGGGAUACACAGUUGUGGAUCGACUUGCGCUCAAACAAUGUUUCCUGACCAGGGAUUGAUCAUGGAACAAUUCAAUACUGCUUGUCCGCGUUGUGGGGGGGUUACGAACGGUCACUGA